CUGAAUGGGAUGAUGAUGCAGAGGCUGAGCGAGGGCAAGAAGAGUAUUAUCGUGACCGCGCGUGAAUUGGCAAUGGACGAACAAGAUAGGCUUCGUGAACAACAAGAGAUUGAAGCAGAACAACGUAAAAUAGAGUGGGAGCGUAUGCUUGAAGAAGAGAAAAAACAGCGCGAUGAAGCCAAAGAAGCGGAAAUUAAUGAUGAUAAAGAUACAUCGCUGCAUUUUUCAAAUGGAUCUUUUUCGAGCAGUAAUGUAAAAGCGAAACUUACAUUGAAUAUUUCUUCUAAGCGUCGUUCCACACUAAUUGCCCAUGCCGAAGAGGAAGAUGACGAAGACGAUGAACUUGAUUCUAAAAAGAAACGAAGGGUAUUGGUUCCAUUAGAAUAUAGUGAUAAUGAAGACGAUGAGAAGAAAACCGAGGAUAGAAGAAAGAAAAUUAAAGAUCUGGUUAAUAUUAUUCCUUCAGAUAAAGAGGGUCUGUGGAAAUGGAAUGUAAGAUGGGAAGAGUUAGAUGAGACGAUUCUUGAUAAAAAAUUGCGUCCAUUUGUUAACAAGAAAAUAGUAGGAUUCCUUGGAGUACAGGAAGAUGAAUUAGUUUCUUUUGUAAUGGACCACUUGCGUAACAAUAAGUCAGCCGCUCAAUUAACCAAAGAAAUGGAAAUG